AUGCAUUGUGUAAAAGUUUGGCUGUCAUUCGCCGUGCCUCUUUUUGUUGUGGAUGUUUGUUUUGGUGACACAGAGAGGCGAUUACCCAUUGUUGACAACAAUACGUUUGAUCUCAACUUCGCUGCUUUGUUUCCCUUCACGUCAGAGCACCCAGAGAGCCGUACAGCUUGGGCUGUCAAACCUGCCGUUGAUUUGGCAUUACAACAUGUGAACAACAACACCAACAUUUUACAGGGAUAUCACCUGCGAAUAACACCAUACGACACUAAGUGUGAUAUGGCGGAAGGUACCAAAGCUUUCUUCGAAGCGAUGGCUACAGGUCCUCCAAAGUUAAUGGUUUUUGGUGGUAUUUGUUCAAACGUGACAGCGCCCAUAGCCGAGGCUGCAAUAUGGUGGAAUUUAAUACAGCUCUCCUACGCAAACACAGAACCGUUUUUAUCAGAACGUGAGAAGUACCCUACGUUUUUCCGCACCGUUCCUUCUGAAGCUGACUUCAACCCUGCCAAAUUAAAGUUACUGGAGUAUUUUAAUUGGACCCACGUGGCGACAAUACACCAAGACACACCACGGUUCUCAAUAGCACACAAUAAAAUGUCUAGCAUUUUGGAGAAAUCCGGCAUAAAACUAAUCAAGGUUGCAAAUUUCGCUAAUAACCCAUAUAGCGCUGUAAAAAGCAUAAAGGAAUCCGGCGCGAGGAUAAUACUCGGAUACUUCGAUGAGGUCAUGGCUAAGCAGGUUUUCUGUAGCGCGAGAAAGAAUCAAUUGGUAGGCAAUAAGUACGUAUGGAUUCUUCCCGGGUGGUUUACCGACAAUUGGUGGAACAGCACGAGUGAAUUUGCAGGAUGCAAAGAUGAUGAAUUAUAUGAUGCAAUCCAGGGUUACAUAGCAACCGAUGUUUUGCCCCUAGCAACAACUGGCGCGGAGAUGAUAGCGGGAUUAACGGCUUCUGCGUACGAAGAUCAAUACAACACCAACAAUGGCGACAACUAUACCGUAUUUCAUGGCUAUGCAUAUGACGGUGUUUGGGCUAUAGCACUUGCACUGGAUGCUGUGAUACGACAACUGGGCAGCAACGUCACAUCCCUUGUAAAUUACACGUAUGCAAAUGAAGAUGUGUUUCAGAUGAUUAUGGAGGCUAUGAACGAGACUGAUUUCGUUGGCGUCACGGGCCGUGUACGUUUCAGGAAUGGAGAUAGAUUGGGAACUAUUUUAUAUAAGCAGUUUGUAGAUGGUAGAUACGCAAAUAUAGGAGAGUACCAUGCACAUAGUGACGACUACUUUAUUAACAAUGACUUGAUACACUGGGCAGACGGGUCCCCGCCUUUAGAUCAACCUAUUGUUAUUCGCAUUCAACGUGGUGUAUCCUUUGUUCUUUACGUCAUCAUGUGCUGUUUAACGUAUAUUGGUAUUUUGCUGGCUUUACUUUUUCUCUUCUUCAAUAUGCGGUUCAGAAAGCACAGGUUCAUAAAGAUGUCCAGUCCUUAUCUGAAUAACCUCAUUAUAUUCGGUGGCAUACUGUGUUACUGUUUUAUAUUAUUUCUUGGAUUGGAUGGAAACCACCUCACAGGCGUACACGUUCUAUGCUCGAUCCGUGCCUGGAUGCUGGCGAUUGGUUUCACCGGGGCGUUCGGAGCAAUGUUCAGCAAAACUUGGAGAGUACACAGUAUAUUUACAAACAUUAAAAUGAAAAAGCGAGUAAUUCGAGAUAACAAAUUAUUCGCAAUAGUGGGCGUGCUGUUACUUAUCGAUGUGUUGCUAUUGGUAACAUGGGAAGUAAAAGAUCCGAUGAAGAGGAUGGAAAUUGAGGGCCAAGAGGAGCCCGACCCUGAAGGGAGAGAUGUCUUCUUUGUACCUGUUAUGCAACACUGUGAAAGUGUUCAUAUGUCAAUAUGGCUGGCUGUCAUAUACGUCUAUAAAGGAGUACUAAUGGUGUUUGGGUGUUUUCUAGCAUGGGAGACUCGCCACGUUAGUAUACCUGCAUUAAACGAUAGUAAAUACAUCGGUAUGUGCGUCUAUAACGUUGUUGUGAUGUGCGUAAUUGGAGUGGCAUUGUCUUUUCUUAUAACCAAUAAUCCCAACGCAACGUUCGGAAUCAUAUCACUUUUUAUACUAUUUUGUACAACAGUGACACUCUGUCUAGUCUUCCUGCCAAAGCUUGUUGAAUUGAAAAGAGACCCAAGAGGCGAAGGGAGGAAGAUUCGAUGCCUCAGUGGCAGAGGAAGUUUCAAAAUGGCGUCGAGUUUUGACGGCGCAAACGUUCCAUUGAAAACACGAUGUCUUAGAACAGAACAUACAAAACUGAGAAAACUGCUAUCUGAGAAAGAUAAAGAGAUUAACGGCUUAUUGGUUAAACUUGGUAUGGAACCCGCCUAUCGCUAUGAACCUUCACAGACGAAUGCAAUGGCGAUGGAAACUAGCGUCACGUCUAUUUAUGGAGAGGAAAAAGACUUGCCAUCCAAUAUUUGUGGAAGUGUUUCUUUUAAUUGUGAUUCCCGGAACACCAGCUCUGUAUACUCUCGCCCAACCUCCAAUUCAAGGAAUGCUUCAUCGAAUAAAGAUUACUACGAGCUGACUAGUAGGUAA